UAGUAGACAUUAUUUGGCUGAGAGGAGCGGACCGUGUCAGUAUUUUCGCGUCGUUACAGUAGCCAGACUACGGUGGAAGAGAGCAAGACUGAGGUCCGAGCAGCGGCGGGAGGGCGUGGAAGUCUCGGAGCGAGGAACGGCGUGUAUUUGACUGGCGGAUACGUGGUCUUUUGCAAAGGACAGCCACGUGAAGUUUUGUGCUGGAAGGCCUGUCUCCGCAGUUCCCCCGCGGUGAGGCCGCAGCCCUGGAGCAGCGUGCAGCAGCAUAGCGUCCUCUGGGCGGUGUGUGUGUGAGCGGGCAGGAUGUGCGCGGAGGCUGUGGGCGCGCGACGCUUCCUGGACGCGUUCGUGAAGGAGUUCCCCGAGCCUCUGGGCCCGGACGACCCGCUGCCCGUCACGCCGACCGGCACCGGCGCCAGGGUCAGCCUGGAGGAGCUCCACGGGGAGAGCCUGGAGCUGGGCCUGCAACUGCUGCACGCACGGAACGCCCCCGCUCCCCUGAGCUCAGCGCUAUCCCAUGCUGCACUGCUGGAGCUCCUGAAGAGUGACCUCACCCCCUACCAGCCGGCCCCAGACCAGGAGCAGGAUGGCCUGUUGCUCUUCUCUGUGCGGCUCCAGCGUUGUUUCUUUAAUAAGUUGAGGGAGGUGGUGUUCGCCUGGGCCCAGAGAAGCCCCGCCCCCUCGCCAGGCCCCUCCCGCCCUCUCUGGACCUCCGCCCACGCCAUCCGCAACACGCGGCGCAAGAUGGAGGACCGUCACGUGACCCUGAGCGAGUUCAGCCCGCUGUUCGGCCUGCAGGACGGAGUGCAUCGUGGGUACUUUGCGGUGUUUGACGGGCAUGGCGGGGUGGACGCGGCCGCGUACGCUGCCACUCACCUGCACGUGGCGCUCGGUAACCAUGACGACCUGAAGAGGGACCCGGGCGGGGCCUUAAAGAGAGCCUUCAAGCACACAGACGACAUGUUCCGCCAGAAAGCCCAGAGAGAGCGUUUGCGCAGUGGCAGUACGGGUGUGGCGGUGCUGCUGGAUGGUGAUUGGCUGCAUGUGGGCUGGCUGGGCGACUCCCAGGUGCUGCUGGUGCGGCAGGGAGAGCCCGUCUCUCUGAUGGAGCCGCACAAACCUGAGAGAGAGGAUGAGAAGCGGCGCAUCGAGGACCUGGGUGGCUGCAUCGCCUUCAUGGGCUGCUGGAGGGUCAACGGCACUUAUGCUGUUUCCAGGGCGAUCGGCGACUUUGAUCAGAAGCCGUACGUGUCCAGCGAUGCGGACUGUGCGUCCGUGCGUCUGUGCGGGGACGAGGACUUGGUGCUGCUGGCGUGUGACGGCUUCUUCGACGCCGUGCGUCCGGGCGAGGUGCCAGGGCUGGUGCAGGAGGCACUGCGCGAGGGGGCGGGGCCGGGGCCGGGGGCGGGGCCGGGGCCGGGGCCGGGGGCGGGGCCGGGGGCGGGGCCGGGGCCGGGGGCGGGGCCGGGGGCGGGCGUGGCGCAGUACCUGGUGGGACGGGCCAGGAGCGCCGGAUCCAGCGACAACAUCACCGUGGUUACGGUGUUCCUCAGAGACCCCGCCCUGCUGCUGCAGGAGGCCCCGCCCCCGCCCCCGCCCUGCCCCGCCCAGGACGGGGCACCGCCGGACCCGACUGCAGCGGAACAGCAUUGAGCUUCCCGCUGAGCCAGCUCAUCGCUUCCAGGAAACGGUUUAAUCGGCGGAGAGCCCGCCUGACUCAUCUCCGGCCCACAACUCUGACGGGAAGUGGUCGGGCUCCAGAUUGAUAUCAGGGCAGAUAUCACACUUCAGCGGCUGAUCCUGCAACCAGAACACAGCACAAAUACCCCCACGGCCUGCGUCAACUGGGCAUUACCACCGUACGCAGACUGCUGUGUGUGUGUGUGUGCGUGCGUGCGUGCGUGUACGCACGUGUGUGUGUGUACGCAAGUGUGUGUGUGUGUGUGUGUGUGUGUGUGAGAGAGGGAGAGAGAGGGAGAGAGAGUGGGUGUGUGUGUGUGUGUGUGUGUGUGUGUGUGCGUGCGUGUGUACGCACGUGUGUGUGUGUGUGUGUGUGUGU